AUGGCCAACCGCCGUCGCGUCCUCACCGUUGGCGACGGCGACAUGUCCUGCUCGCUCGCUCUGGCCAGAGCCUUUGGUGAUCGGCUGCAUCUGCUCGGCAGCACGCUCUGCUCGCAUGUGGAGCUCGAGCGUACCUACGCCGGCGCCGCGGCCAUAUCGGCCGAGCUCAGUGAACGCGGCGCUCGAGUCGCGCACGGCGUGGAUGCGACCGCCCUCGAGGCGGCCACGCUCGGCUCGUCGCAGGACCACGUCGUUUUUUGCCACCCUCACCUGGGCCUCUCUGACCUCCUGAGCGUGGAGGAGCACGCGCGGCGGCACACCGCCCUGAUCGGCCACUUCCUCGCCUCGGCCAAGUCGCUGCUUGCGCCCGGCGGCCUGAUACACCUCACGCUGUGCGGCAACCAGCGCGCUUCCUGGCGGGUGGACGACCACUGCCGCCGGCUCGGGCUCGAAAUUGUGGACGGCAGGCACGUGGCGGCGCCGCCGCUGGGUGGGCGAGCAGGCGUGCCCGUCCCGCCCCAGCCCGAGUGGCGGGCGCGCAAGCGCUUCCGCGACGGCUCUCUCGGCUCGCGCCACGCGCUGGCGGCGUACGGGUAUGAGCACCGGCGGACCGAGGGCGGCAGCGGCGGCGAGCGCUGCGGACAAGGCGACGGCGACGUGCGCUCGGACAAGUCGGUCGAGCUGGUGAUUGCGGAGGCCACGCCCACGCCUUGCGCCGGGCCGAGGCGGCGAGAGGACCAGGCGGCGGAGUGCUGUGCCGUGUCUUGGACGGGCGGCAAGGACUGCAACCUCGCGCUACUGGCGGCGUGGCGGGACGCGUCGCUCCGCGUGGCGGCGCUCGUCGUCUUUCGGCCGGAGGGCGCCGUCUUCCGCGCGCACCCGCUGUGUUUGAUGGAGGCGCAGGCGGCGAGCCUCGGGCUGCCGCUCCUGCACGAAGCCUAUGUGCGCGGCAUCCGCCGGCUGCGCGAGCAGCACGGCGUGCGCGUCCUCGCGACCGGCGACAUGGACUUGGUUGGCACGAUGGCGCGCAACUGGAUCGAGGAGUGCGCGGAGGCCGCGGGCGUGCGCGCCUUCUUGCCGCUCUGGCAGGCGGAGCGCGCGAGCCUCCUGCGGCGGCUGCUCGCCGAGCGCUUCCUCGUCUUCUUUUCCUGCGUCAAGAGCCCAUGGUUCGAAGCCGGCUGGGUGGGGCGUCAGCUCGACGCGGCGGCCGUCUACGAGCUCGAGACGCUGGCGGCGCAGCCGGAGGCUCCGGCCGCGGCGGGUUCCGGCGAGCGCUACCUGGAGGGGUCGGUCAAGCCGCUCGACUUGGGCGGUGAGCGCGGUGAGUACCACACCAUGUGUCUCGACGGACCGCUGUACGGCCGCCGCGUGGCCGUCACGCUGACGCAGCCGCUCGAGCUUCAGUCUCAGCCGGGGCAGCGGGAGGGGGAGCGCUGGUGGACGCUCGGCUUCGCCGAGGGAAGCACGUUGCGUGUGUACCACGCCACGACGGCGGAGAAGGCAGAGAGCAUUUUGCAAGGCGGCUUCCGAUUCCCGAGCGUCGAGGAGUCGGUGGCGCGGGGCCUCAAGGCGGCCGUCUACUUUGGAUAUUGCCGGCAGUACUGCCUCGACGAGGCGUGCAAUACCUUGGAGGCGGAGGCGGAGGAGGCAAGCGCUGACAGCGGGGAUGGCGAGGACGGGCAAGAGUGGCAAGAGGGCUCUGUGCGCCUCGCGCCACCCGCCGACACAUCGACCUCCGACGCAUCCUCCUCCGUCACGACGCCGUCGGCAAAGCGGACGGCGCCGCGCGCCCCCGUGGCGUCGGGUGGUGGGGCAUCGUGGUGUUGCGCAGUAUGCGGCCUCAGCUUUGGUGACGCCGCCACGCUCCGCUCACACGCCUUUGAGCUGACCCGUCCGGAUGUGUGGGGCAAGCCCCUCCCCCCGCCACGCGAGGCGGCGAGGGCAGAGGCUGCGGGCGGCGACCUCAGUUGCUCCGUCUGCGGCGAGUCCUUCCCCGGCUGCGCUCCCGAAGCGUCCGCCGGCGCCGCCUCGACCAAGCGCGAGCGGUUCAGCGCAACGGUGGGCUACAUCGCUUGCGCCGCGGCCGCCGACGCGGCCGCUGUCGAGGAGUCGUUAGUGAAGGCUGCGCGCGUCGCUUGGGGCGUCGAGGGCGGCGCGGGAGCCUAG